AUGGCGCCCUUCCAGCGGAUGGGUCGUACCGCCAUUGCAGAGGCCCUUUUGGGAGAUUCUGCACUGGAACCCAGAAUCCGGCUGAGCAACGCCCUUCAUCUCUUCGAGGGUGUCCUGAUUCAGAUCAAGACCAUCACCGCUGCCCGCCGACAUGCCGAGGACACAAACCACAGAUUUCCCCGAUCAGAACGUCAAUUGCAGCGGCAAACGUACGUGAAUGCCUCGAUCCGCCUGCACAUCGGCAUCUUGUACCUCGAGCGAUGUGACUUGGGCCAGGCUGCCUACCAGGAUGCCUACAACGACAUCAUUCUAGAUCUCAAAGACAUCGUUGAGGACCAAGACUUUGUCGAAAGAUCAUGGCACCGUGCCGCAUGGCUUGAUUGCAUCGCGCUGUCCGAAGAGAUUUCCUGUGCCCUGGGACCCAGUCCUAUCUUGACGACCGAGUUCCUAGUCCGUCCUGUUUCCUCGGACAUCACCGACGACCAAUCGAAUACAACCAACGAACACACCACAAACAGAGACGUCGCCCAGCCUGUAUGUGAGCACGCCGCCACUGGAGAUGCGACCGCAGGUCUGGAGCUCAGCGAAAAACCCUUCGUUACCGCCGAGUGUCUCGCACGGGGUGUCACAGAAUACUCUUUCGUCGUUUGGCUAUAUGGCUGGCUAUUCGACAGUAUCAAGCAAAACGAAAUGGCCUUGCGUGAGCACGCACGCCUGCUGACAGAGUUCGAAGCCGCUCUUUCCAAGCAGAGCAUUGGCCGGAUCAUGGGACUCACCCGAGAUCCCAUUGCGAUCAACCACAACACUAAAUAUGAUUUCCCCAUCUAUGCAUCAAAUCGCUUCCGCGGAAGUUCAAUUGCAGACGCACUUCUCACUGCGCAGGAGUCACCAUCGCGUAAUCGCGAAGAACUUAUGGUCAUUCUCAAGGAGACUAUAAGAUCGGCCAGGUACCUGCCGAAGUUCUGGGAGCUGGAAGUCGAUUCGCUGAGCCCCCAAUUUCAGAGAAUCGUGGAGCGCCGGGUCAUCGCCCGCCACAACGAGGAGACGGUCCAGGCUAGGCUUGGUCAAAUGCUCAAGUCUGAGCUGUUGCAGAGAGAGCACCAGCUCGUCCGUGAGAUCUGGGCCUUUGCUGCGUCGCGUCGGGAAAUGCCUCGACCCCCGCGUGACGACGCUCUUGAUGCUUGGCCCAAUGUUCAGGAUGGGGAGGCCGUUCGCAUGCGCCUUGCUCACUUGCGGACUGUGAAAAUGGGCCUCAUUGGCAGGCUGCAGGCGACUCAGGACGGGCACUCCAGCGUCAGUUCGGUCAGUGGAAGUGAUCAGGCUCGGACCGAGUUGGAGGAGGUGUGCCUGGAGUUGAAUUUCUACGAGGUUCAUCUCUGUGGGAGGUUUUGA